GUUUUCGACACGGAGAAACUUAACAUUUUAGGCAUAGCCCAUCGUAUAACGACUUAACACAUUAUCUAGUUUUCGAACUAAAACGAAGUCAUUUAAUGUGUAUUUGGAUUGCACAUAAUUAUGGCGCAUUUAUUCAUACAAUUUUUCUUAAUAACUAUUCUGACUUCAUUCCAACAAGCUGCGGCAAAUGAUGAUAUGUUUACCGUUUUGCUUGACCGGAUAGAUAGACUUGAAGUCAGUGACGCUGCCAAUAAACGCGAAAUAGCAUCACUACAGUCAGAAAUGCGAACGAUGGAAACUAGAUUCCUGGAAAAGGAAGAGAGUUUUCUUUCUGAAAUACACGAUUUGAAAUCAAAGCUAUCGGAUAAUGAUUUUGACCAAGAUGUGGAUGAUUUAAGGCAGAAAUUACCAGAAAAGCCCAUCAAAGAUGACAGGAAGGACGAUACAAACAGCGCUGGGAUCUUUCAUCGUGAUCUUAUCAAACGUAUUAAAGGAGAAAAUAGGUUAAUGGAAGUUCGAGAAGCAGUGGAGACAGAAGUCGCAUUCUAUGCAACGCACUCACAACAUGAUGUUCAACAUCUUGGCCAGAAUCAAAUUAUUGUAUUUGAUGAAGCUAUAACAAAUAUUGGAAACGCAUACAAUUCACACCAUGGGGGAUUCGUGGCACCCGUUGCCGGGACAUACGUUUUCCACGUGACCAUGAUGGGCAAAAACGCCCAUGCGGUGACAGGCAACCACUUCAAUGCAUAUAUUGAUGUUGAUGGCAGGACAUAUUCGCAGCUGUGGGUUGUACCUGGAGAACAGUCUUCACAGAUGUUUAUCAUCGAGUUAUCAGCGGGCAAAACGGUAUCGGUGAAGAACCAUAUUCUAGACGACGGGUUUGUUGGACAGCAUAUGUCUACCUUCUCUGGCUUUCUAUUGUAUGAGCACUACCGCUCACCAGCUAUCGUAGGAAAAUAAAAUAACAAUAAUUAUUCAA